CUGCAGUCUCCCAGGCCUCCGAGGACCUUCCCCAGGCAGGGGGCCAGUGCGUGAAGGACACCACCACAACUGCAGUGCUAGAAGCCUCCACAGAGUCCACCACACCCAGAGACCUGGAGGUCUGUGCGGUUUGUCCUUCAUUUGCUAAAAAUUUGAGACAAAAUAUCCACAGGAAAGUAUUGUUUACCAGAUGUGUUUUUUAGCGAGCCAGUAGGUAUAUGAUUUGGCACCAAGGUAAAGUUAGUUUGGUAUUGGAUCUUUUUUCAUUUCGUCAAUAGCUUUGAACUAAGCAUGCCAUUGCAAUGAAAAUGUUGUAUUGUAGAACAAUCCACACCUUCAUUUAAAAUAAUAAUUUAAAAAAUGGACAUCUGAAGAAAAAAAUGAAAAAGUCACAUAAAAAAGGUCUGGAUUGUUCUCCAUCCUCCCCUGAUUCAGAAUAUAUAGUUUAUUGUCACAGUAAAUAAUACUUUCCUGUGGAGAUUUGUCUCACAUUUCAAGCAGCUAGAAGACAAACCGCACAGACCACCUGGAGAGUAAGUCUAAAGGGAUGGAAAAGACCCAAAUGGCGAGGCUUCCAGCAGCACCCCCUCUGCCGGUCUUCAAAGGAGGAAGCGGUUCUCUGUCAUGCCAAACCUUGCCAAACCCCGGGUGGCUGCCACCCCAGCCCUCACCCGCUCCUCCCCCAGGACCCCCAAGUCCCCUGUGAGAGCGGGCACUGAGACUCCAGCUCCAACCCCUGAGGCUCCAGAGGCCCCCAGACAGACAGAUUCUGGACCCCCACAGGGCAUGAGAUCCCCAAGGCGGAGGCCCUCUGGAGGUAGUAGGCAGGCCAAAGGACAGCCCAAACCCAGUCCACUGUCCCCAGCUUCCCCAGGCCCUACAACAACCUCUCUGGGGAAUGUGGCAGUGGAGAACUCAUCCUCGUCACAACAGACCCCGCAGGCAGCAGGCAAAGGCAGCAUCCAAUCAGAUCUCCUGAAAAAAACACCAAUCAUUAAAGUUCCAUCCACUCCGUUAGAGAUGGUCCCAUCGUCCUCCCUUCCAGACAAAGAGGGUAUCUCAGUAUCAGAGAGAGCUAAGACUCUGGUUGCCAGGUCUGUGUCUGGUGGGCUCACCGGGCUGGCACCUGGGAAGUCCAGGCUUAGCAGGUUCCUGAAUGACCCAACAGACCUACAGAGGCUGGCUAAGGCCCGGAAGCUCAGAGAGCUGCUGAGACAGGAGAUGAACAAGGAGAAGAAACGGAGCAAAGCCAAGGUGUGUGUGAGCGAAUACACACUAGAUCCCUCUAAAAUGACCAUGAGAGAUCUCAUCUACUACCUGCCUGAUACCAACCCCAUGACGUCUUAUCUGGUAGAGGAACAGAGGGAGAAUGAGACUGUCCUCCCACUCACCCCACCAAGAGAAGAGUCACCUGAAAGACCCCCAACACCGGAGGUCCCAGCUGAGAUAGCCAGCCAGGGAGAUGAAGAUGAAGAUGAGGAUGACGAUGGGGUGAUGGUCCCGCGGGUGAAGGUGGCAGAAGACGGCUCUCUGAUCAUCGAUGAGGAGAGUUUGACGGUAGAGGUCUUGAGGCAGAAAGGGCCCAACCCAGCUGAUGAUAGAGACCCCAUCUUUGAGCGUGGCUCCACAACCACCUACUCGAGCUUCAGGAAGGGGACACACGUCAAGCCCUGGUCCAACAAAGAGACGGACAUGUUCUUCCUGGCCAUCAGUAUGGUGGGAACAGACUUCUCCAUGAUUGGACAGCUGUUCCCUCACCGCGGUCGCACCGAGAUCAAGAACAAGUUCAAGAAAGAGGAGAGAGCAAACAGCUGGAGGAUAGACAAGGCCUUCAAGGAGAAACGCAGGCUGGACCAUGAGUUCUUCACUAGUCUCCUGGAGAAGAUCUUGGCUGCAGAGGCAAAGAGGAACAAAAAUAAGUCCCCCACAGAGAAGAUACGCAUCAAGAAAAAAAUCAGACAGAAAGAAAAGAAUGCAGCGAAGCAGCUGAGCGACGUGGAGGAGGAGGGGUUAGACGCGGAGAUGGACACAGAGGAGGUGGAGGGAGAGAAGGAGAACGAGAACGUCUCUAACGAAGGGACCACGCUUUCUUCCGCUCCCACGCCUAAGAGAAAACGCAAAAGUAGGGAUGGUGGAGGAGAGUCCUCUCCUGAAGAAGCAAAGGAUGGAAAGAAAAAGAAGAUUGACCUAAUAACAAGCGAUCAAGAAGAGGCUGGCCUACCUGAAGAUUCUGAGGCAGGGCCUCCAGAGAGUUCAAAGCAGGCAGAAGGGCCUGUGGAAGCAGCCAAGGGACCUGUGGUGAUCAAACCAGCUCAGUUGUCCCGUGGCCGAUCCCAGAGACCUCUUCCUAACCUGGGUAGGAAGUGGGGCCAGAGGGGCCCCGAGCCCAAUACCAAGCCUAACGUUAAAGAUGGGGCCACACCUACAGAGGAGGAGAACACUGAAGAAGGGCUGUCUGAAGAACAGGUAGAUAAAGAUGCUUCCCCUUCAGUCAGUCAAAAGGAGGAGAAGAAAGCUGGUAAACUCUCUUCAUCUGAGGGAGAGGAGGAAGAAGCCAGCGAUAAACCCAUCAAACCCACCAGGUACGGCAGAUUACCCAAAAAGACACAGCUCUUGAAUUACCCUGCAAAGGAGGAUGGGGACUCGCCCUCAGACUCUGCCCCCACUCCCGCCUCAGACGGAUCCCCCUCCACCAUGCCAAAAUCCAAACCAGCUACCAGGAGGGCCAAAAUCAAACCUGGCCCAGCCCUGCCAGGUAGGAUGGGCCAAUCAGACUCUGCCCCCACUCCCGCCUCAGACGGAUCCCCCUCCACCAUGCCCAAAUCCAAACCAGCUACCAGGAGGGCCAAAAUCAAACCUGGCCCAGCCCUGCCAGGUAGGAUGGGCCAAUCAACGGCUAGGAAAUCCAAGCUGGUCACCCUCAGGGCGUCCCAGUCUGAAGAUGAGGAUGAAGAUGAGGAAGAAGGAGCAUGGAGAGAGGAGGCGCAGGCCGAGGAGGACACCCACAAUCCCACAAGCCCAGAGAAGGAGAAUCAGGCACCUGCGUUCAUCCCCAUGAGCCUUCGCUCGCCACAACCUGUCGCCACAGAGGUUGAGGAGACCAUGGAGGAGGUGAAAGGGCUCGAUAUCUCCGUCAACAUGCCUGAUGUCCUGGGUAUUUCCCAUGAUGCAUUCUGCCCUGACUCGUCAUGCGAGCGGGCACAGGGUGCUGACAUGGGCACAGUGCCCUGUGAACAUCAGUUGGACCUGUUAGUAGAUGUGAUAGACUUCCUGUCUCCAGAUAACAUGGAAGUAUCUGAGGAGAGCUACAACGAGGCAGCUAGAACCCUUCUGGCCAUCGGCAACCUCACCCACCUGUCUCAGGCGGCUGAGGCCUUCACUGCCGGAGCAGAUGAUAUCAUCACAGAAGAACGUUCCAAUGAGGACCAACUGUACCAGAUGACACCACAGCCCACUGACCAAUUACAAACUAGCACCAUUCCUUCUGAAUCUCUUAGGGUCACUGAGGCAUCACAAAUCGCUGAUGAUUCUGUACCUGUUGCCUCGUCAACAACAGCCUCUGUCCCUGUCACCACGACAACAGCUUCUAUCCCAGGCUCCAAAAUAACAGCCUCUGUCAUAAUUACCAUGGCAACAGCCUCAGUUCCAGUCACCACGACAACAUCCUCUCCUCCAGUCAACUUGACAACAACGGCCUCUAUCCGAGUCACCACAUCAACGGCAUCUGUCCCAGUGCCUCAGAGCAGUGAUACGCCCACUCUAGAAACUCCACCCAUAGAGGAGGGGCCUCUCAGACAGAUGGAGGGGACUGAUAUUGGACACGCCUCCAAGAUGGAAUCAGGUUCUGAAGUGUCAGAGGGCUCAGAGCAACAGACAACCUCACAGACCAGGAGGAGCCACUUCCCUAAGGUCAAACCCAACCUGGGACGGGCUGCCAGGACCACACAACCCAAACAGACGACCACUACACUGUCAGAACCACCACAGACUACCACCACACUGUCAGAACCACCACAGACUACCACCACACUGUCAGAACCACCACAGACUACCACCACACUCUCUGAACCACCACUUGAGCCUAUGCUGAAUAUCACCACAACCCCAGAACCACAGCCUACCAUGCAUAUUACCAUAGAACCACCACUGCCUUCUGAGAGUAUUAACACAGAGUCAGAAACACAGCCCAAACAGAGAACUACCACACACUCAAAAUCACAACCCACCACCACACACUCCAUGCACCAGCCCACCACAAAUAUUAUCCCACACUCAGAACCACCGCCCAUUAAGAAAACCAGAAUAGCGUAUUCAAAACCACAGCCUACAUUGAAUACCACCACAAACACACUCUCAAAACAACAAUCCACACAGAGUACCACCAUACUCUCACAACCACAGCCCACUUCAAGCCUUGAGCAGCCAGGUCCAGUUACACUCAGACCCAUAGUCCCAGAGUCACCUCUGAGGUCAUCAGGAGAGGUGAAAGGUCACGAUGGGCGUAAGGGAAAUACUUCCUCUUCCCUCAGUGCUGGAGGGUCCCAGUCAGGGACAUCAGACUCAGACCAGCCCAAACAGACAGGACCUGUAACCCGUAGGGCCCGUUUACCUAAACCCAAACCCAACUUGGGUCUCACCGCCAAAGCCGCUACGCGCUCUGCAGUCCAAUUACCAGAAAGCAGGCCAAGCCCUGAAGUCCAGACACCAGAGGAAGCUGAUGAGGUUCCCAUGGAAAUACAACAGAUCCACCAAGUCGUCCCCCUUUCUGACAUCAUCGAUACCACCCAGGAGGAAAUACAACAGAUUCAUCAAGUCAUCCCUCAUCCACCCAUAGAGGAGGGGCCUCUCAGACAGAGGGAGGGGACUGAUAUUGGACACGCCUCUCAGGUGGAAUCAGGUUCUGAAGUGUCAGAGGGCUCAGAGCAACAGACAACCUCACAGACCAGGAGGAGCCACUUCCCUAAGGUCAAACCCAACCUGGGACGGGCUGCCAGGACCACACAACCCAAACAGACGACCACUACACUGUCAGAACCACCACUAGAUUCUAUGCUGAAUAUCAUCACAACCUCAGAACCACAGCCUACCAUGCAUAUCACCAUAGAACCACCACUGCCUUCUGAGAGUAUUAACACAGAGUCAGAAACACAGCCCAAACAGAGAACUACCACACACUCAAAAUCACAACCCACCACAAAUAUCAUCCCACACUCAGGACCACAGCCCAUUCAGAGAACCAGAGUAGCGCAUUCAAAACCACAGCCUGCAUUGAAUACCACCACACAAUCAGAACCACCCCAGCCCACACUAAAUUCCCCCACAAACACACUCUCAAAACAACAAUCCACACAGAGUACCACCAUACUCUCACAACCACAGCCCACCUCAAGCCUUGAGCAGCCAGGUCCAGUUACACUCAGACCCAUAGUCCCAGAGUCACCUCUGAGGUCAUCAGGAGAGGUGAAAGGUCACGAUGGCUCAAAGGAAAAUAGUUCAUCUUCCCUCAGUGCUGGAGGGUCCCAGUCAGGGACAUCAGACUCAGACCAGCCCAAACAGACAGGUCCCCCAACCCGCAGGGCCCGUUUACCUAAACCCAAACCCAACUUGGGUCUCACCGCCAAAGCCACUACACGCUCUGCAGUCCAGGUACCAGAACGCAGGCCAAGGCCUGAAGUCCAGACACCAGAGGAAGCUGAUGAGGUUCCCAUGGAAAUACAACAGAUCCACCAAGUCUCCCCCCUUUGUGACAUCAUCGAUACUACCCAGGAGGAAAUACAACAGAUUCACCAAGUCAUCCCUCAUCCAACCAUAGAGGAGGGGCCUCUCAGACAGAGGGAGGGGACUGAUAUUGGACACGCCUCUCAGGUGGAAUCAGGUUCUGAAGUGUCAGAGGGCUCAGAGCAACAGACAACCUCACAGACCAGGAGGAGCCACUUCCCUAAGGUCAAACCCAACCUGGGACGGGCUGCCAGGACCACACAACCCAAACAGACGACCACUACACUGUCAGAACCACCACAGACUACCACCACACUGUCAGAACCACCACAGACUACCACCACACUCUCAGAACCACAGCCCAUUCAGAGAACCAGAGUAGCGCAUUCAAAACCACAGCCUGCAUUGAAUACCACCACACAAUCAGAACCACCCCAGCCCACACUAAAUUCCCCCACAAACACACUCUCAAAACAACAAUCCACACAGAGUACCACCAUACUCUCACAACCACAGCCCACCUCAAGCCUUGAGCAGCCAGGUCCAGUUACACUCAGACCCAUAGUCCCAGAGUCACCUCUGAGGUCAUCAGGAGAGGUGAAAGGUCACGAUGGCCGUAAGGGAAAUACUUCCUCUUCCCUCAGUGCUGGAGGGUCCCAGUCAGGGACAUCAAACUCAGACGAGCCCAAACUGACAGGUCCCCCAACCCGCAGGGCUCGUUUACCUAAACCCAAACCCAACUUGGGUCUCACCGCCAAAGCCGCUACGCACUCUGCAGUCCAGGUACCAGAAAGCAGGCCAAGGCCUGAAGUCCAGACACCAGAGGAAGCUGAUGAGGUUCCCAUGGAAAUACAACAGAUCCACCAAGUCUUCCCCCUUUGUGACAUCAUUGAUACUACCCAGGAGGAAAUACAACAGAUUCACCAAGUCAUCCCUCAUCCAACCAUAGAGGAGGGGCCUCUCAGACAGAGGGAGGGGACUGAUAUUGGACACGCCUCUCAGGUGGAAUCAGGUUCUGAAGUGUCAGAGGGCUCAGAGCAACAGACAACCUCACAGACCAGGAGGAGCCACUUCCCUAAGGUCAAACCCAACCUGGGACGGGCUGCCAGGACCACACAACCCAAACAGACGACCACCACACUGUCAGAACCACCACAGACUACCACCACACUCUCAGAACCACAGCCCAUUCAGAGAACCAGAGUAGCGCAUUCAAAACCACAGCCUGCAUUGAAUACCACCACACAGUCAGAACCACCCCAGCCCACACUAAAUUCCCCCACAAACACACUCUCAAAACAACAAUCCACACAGAGUACCACCAUACUCUCACAACCACAGCCCACCUCAAGCCUUGAGCAGCCAGGUCCAGUUACACUCAGACCCAUAGUCCCAGAGUCACCUCUGAGGUCAUCAGGAGAGGUGGAAGGUCACGAUGGCUCAAAGGAAAAUAGUUCAUCUUCCCUCAGUGCUGGAGGGUCCCAGUCAGGGACAUCAGACUCAGACCAGCCCAAACAGACAGGCCCCCCAACCAGGAGGGCCCGUUUACCUAAACCCAAACCCAACUUGGGUCUCACCGCCAAAGCCGCUACGCGCUCUGCAGUCCAAUUACCAGAAAGCAGGCCAAGCCCUGAAGUCCAGACACCAGAGGAAGCUGAUGAGGUUCCCAUGGAAAUACAACAGAUCCACCAAGUCUCCCCCCUUUGUGACAUCAUCGAUACGACCCAGGAGGAAAUGGAACAGAUUCACCAAGUCAUCCCUCUUACUGAUGUCAUUGAUUCUACCCAGGGCGAUAUCUCUCUCUUUACGGAGGGAAGCUUUUUCUCGCAACAAAGUGAUGCUGUCUUCAUACAGCACUCAGAAACGUCUGUGUCGACUGCUCCGUUGGACCAGGCCCAGUCAGACCCGGAUGAGCCUAUAUUCAUCCUCUCCCUGACUGAAAUCCCAGUGCUCCCCGCAGGGGAGGAGAAUGGCUGCACAUCCCAGACCCUCUCUGAGCCUUUCUUUUUUCUACCAGACGCAGGCGCUCAACUGCAGCAGAGCAGUGAUAUUGUUGCCCCCGGAGGUAGUUUGGAGAAAGGGAAUGCUGGUGUCCUCUGUGAAGUCCCUGAGCCUAUGUCAGUGGAUGAGGUCCUUCCUCAACCCUCAUACACCAGUAUCAAGGAAGUGGAGUCUGGCUCCACGGCGGGUCCAGUAGGUGUGUGUGCCUCGGCCAAACCCUCAGAAGACUCCAUGGCUGAUGCAGAGACUAGUGAGGACACGCAUCCUCCUUCUAAGAAGAGGAAAGCGCCAGAGAGAGCCAGGAGAGACAAACUGCAGGUGAGACCUAACACUGCAGUAAGGGAACAGACCAGUUGUUCGGCCCCUGCCAAGGAGGCUGUGUCACCCAUUACCCCAGACCAGACACCCUCUUUGACCACUACCACCCUAGACACUUACCACCUCCCUGCCUCCAGUCCCCUGGCCCAGCCAGGCCCCUCCGUCACGGGAACUGCAUCACAGCAGGGGACUGUGGGCUGUUUCGAUCAUACAGAGACCGAGCACACGCCGACUGGAGGGGAGGACAAUAGUUCAGGGGCGGAGUCUCAGGCUGCCCGUCAAAUUACACCGCUGGCUAUGAGUGGCCCCUUGAGCAGGCCUGGUAGGAGACCCAGAGGAUUCCUGUCUUUCAUGUCCAAUAAGAACGCCUCCCCUGUAGCUGCCCCCCCCCGAGGUACCAGAGCAGCCGCUCGGAGGCCCCAGGUCAACACCACCCGCCCAGGGGGGAAACGGGCUGCUCCUGCACCUUCCACCACAACCAGAACCAUGCCUUCACCUCCCAUAAUGCAUUACACCACCACCCCCACUAGGGCCACCAGAACCACCACUAAGCCAGAUUUUUCCGCCAGGGUGACUCAGGAAAAACCCUCUGAUGCCCUGGCCUUACACUCAGACCCAGAGCCCAGUACUUCCCUGUGUACUACAGCUACUGAGUCCUCUCAGGUGCCAGCCGCCCAGUCCAGUGCGUCUCCCUGUGUGGACAGCGGUUCAGCAGACGAGGAACCCAUCAACGUGUCCCAGUACUUCUUCAGUGACAUCUUCACCGAGGUCGAGGAGAAUGAGGGAUGAGAGACGGAGGAAGGGAAAGGAGAUCAAAAAGGCACUCUCUCUCUCUUUGUUUGAAUCAAACUGGAGAACAAAAUGUUAAACACUUAAGAAAACAUGUUUUUGUAUCUACCACUGAGAUUACGUUUCUGCUUGCUUAUGUUUAUGCGAACAAGGUUUCAUGCUUGCAGCGAACAGAUUUGGUCACAAGAUGGCAACAGUGAAACCAAACUAGGGAUAAUUCCUCUUCAAAUUUUGGGGGGGACCAAACUGGCGCGCCUUUAAGCUACUUUCCUAUAUUGAAUGAUUACGUUUUUUUGGCUAUUUUACCCCAAUCAUAUCAUCUAGCCUAUUGAGUAAUCUAUUCAAUCUAAUAACAUAUUUAUAUUUAUUUGGUUUGUAUUUUUUCAAACCACACCAAGCCAGACAUUCAUGAUCAUUUCCCUCUAUCUGCAAGAAGGAGAAUACUUGAAAUCAGUGUCAACUCACUCUACUACAGGGACUUUCACAUUCAAAUUUGUGUUCUUAUUUGAAAUAUUGUUUACAUAGGUAGCCAUUGUCUAAACAUGAGCAUUGUGUGUAUAUAUGUUUAUUAUAAUUUAGAUCUGAUAUAUUGGAGGGGUAUGUAUCCUUAACAUUUACUUUGGUUUUUCACUCUUCAUGCUUGAACAAGACCCAGCUUUGCAGCUUGAGGGACAGCACAGCAAUGUCUCUUUAUUUCAUGCUCCCUGAAGAUACAGGAAAUAUAAUUUCAAAUGGCGCUGGAACAGAAUCCUCUAGUUUAAUCCAUGUACAGUGACAAACUCACAGAAACAGUGCACAGAUCAUGAGUUCAAUUCCAGUUCUGAAUGAUUGAUUAUGUUCUGCAGCCACUGUUGGUUCAAACUAACAUAGCUGUUCUGUAGCUUAUGUCAAAUAUGUGAAUAAAGUUUUAUACGGUAAUGUCUA